CUGUACAGGUAACCGGCAAACCAAGCAGUAGUAGUUGUAAAACCCCUCUACCAUCUCUCUCUCUCUCUCUCUCUCUCUCUCUCUCUCUCGUACAAUCAUUCCACCUAUCGAUCAAUUAAACACUCUCCUCUCCCUCAUCGAUCUACAAUCGCCUCUCAAUCAUCACACACACACGCCGCUUACUUAAUUUCACACUACAUGAUCCUGAUUCAACGCUCAAUCGCCGCUGAUUCACGCUGCUUCUCCGUGAGAUUCUGCUCUUAUUGAUAACUUAUUCCAUUUUAUCGAAUAUUUGUGUGUGUAUAUUGCGAGAAUUUCGGUUGCUAGGGUUUUAAGUUGGUGAUUUGAGUGUAAUUGCGGAUUAUUAGCUCGGUUUUGAUGUAUAUUGAGUGAUAUGUGUGUUGGAGUUUGAAUUUAUUUGGAAUAAUUGAGGAUUUGAGUUUUUAUUACUCGGCUUGAUAUAUAUUGAGUGAUAUAUGUGCAGGAAGUUUGAUUAUAUUUGGAGUAAUUGAGGAUUUGAGUUUCAAUAACUCGUUUUGAUAUAAGUAAUCGUUUUGAUAUAUAUUGAGUGAUAUAUGUAUAGGAAUUUGGUUAUAAUUGGGAUUGAGGAUUUGAGCAGGGAUAAUUUGUUGGAAAGUCGAAGCACUGGGUGCUAAUCAGUCUCGGCAGACACCGUCGGCUGCGCCGGCCGGUAUAUGGCGAUUUUUUAACCCGAGUCCACCUAAGCCGUACACGCUUCAGUACCUUCCGCAAAUGGAUUUUGUUAAUCGUCAUGUGGCGAGUGAAAGUUCGUCGUCGUCUGGUGGUGCUAAUGUUGCGUCUUCUAGUGGUGGUAAUGUGAGCUUGAAUCAGCCGGUGCUUGAGGAGCCGGAGUAUUAUUCGAGGUAUAUGGUUGUUAAACACUCGUGGAGGGGUCGGUAUAAGAGGAUUUUGUGUUUAUCGAGUUCGAGGAUUGUGACACUUGAUCCUUCCACUUUGGCGGUUACGAAUUCGUAUGAUGUAGGGGGUGAUUACGAAGGGGCUGCGCCGAUUAUUGGAAGGGAUGAUAAUAACUCGUUUGAGUUUAGUAUAAGUGUUCGGACAGAUGGACGUGGGAAGUUUAAGGCGAUGAAGUUUUCUUCCAAGUAUAGGGCGAGUAUUAUGACGGAGUUGCAUAGAUUGAGGUGGAAUAGAAUUGGGCCUAUUGCGGAAUUCCCGGUCCUUCAUCUUAGGAGGAGAAAGGGAGACUGGGUACCUCUGAAAAUGAAAGUGACAUAUGUUGGUGUUGAACUUUUUGACAUGAAUUCUGGUGAUCUUCGUUGGUGCCUUGACUUCAGAGACAUGAGUACGCCAUCGAUUGUCAUUUUAGCUAAUGGUAGUUUUGUUCUCUGUCCUUUAUAUGGAAGAAAAUCUAAGGCCUUCCAAGCUGCUUCAGGAACAUCUAAUUCCGCCAUUGUAUCUAACUUGACUAAAACUGCAAAGUCAAUAGUUGGGGUAUCAUUGUCUGUCGACAAUUCUAAAUCACUUACUGUUGUGGAAUACGUAAAUCAAAGAGCCAGGGAGGCUGUUGGGGCAGAAGAAACCCCAUAUGGUGGUUGGUCUGUGACAAGGUUGAGAUCUGCUGCUCACGGGACACUGAACACUCCGGGAUUGAGUUUAGUAGUUGGGCCAAAAGGAGGACUAGGGGAACAAGGUGAUGCUGUAUCUCGUCAGUUUGUUCUUACAAAAGUUUCACUUGUUGAAAGACGUCCAGAGAACUAUGAAGUUGUUAUUGUCCGCCCUUUAGCUGCUGUAAGUUCGCUUGUGCGAUUUGCCGAGGAGCCCCAAAUGUUUGCCAUUGAGUUUAAUGAUGGAUGUCCUGUUCAUGUGUAUGCUUGUACAUCUCGUGAUAGCUUGCUUGCUGCAGUUAGGGAUCUCUUACAAACAGAAGGGCAAUGUCCAAUACCUGUUUUACCAAGACUUACAAUGCCAGGCCAUCGUAUUGAUCCUCCCUGUGGAAGAGUACAUUUGCAGGCGAAUCAUUCUCCAGCUGCACAGCAGCGCAUCAACACUGAUGCGGAAACUGCUACAAUGCAUUUGAAACAUUUGGCAGCUGCAGCCAAAGAUGCAGUGGCUGAGGGAGGCUCCAUUCCAGGAUCAAGAGCUAAAUUAUGGAGAAGAAUCAGAGAGUUCAAUGCAUGUAUCUCAUACAGUGGGGUCCCUCCUAAUAUUGAAGUACCUGAAGUUACUUUGAUGGCCUUAAUUACAAUGCUCCCAGCUGCUCCCAACCUACCACCUGAGUCUCCUCCCUUGCCGGCCCCUUCUCCUAAAGCAUCUGCAACUGUGACGGGCUUUGUUGCAUGUUUGCACAGAUUAUUGGCAUCAAGAGCUGCUGCUUCACAUGUUAUGUCAUUCCCUGCUGCUGUUGGAAGAAUAAUGGGUUUGCUUAGAAGUGGUUCAGAGCCUGUAGCUGCGGAAGCUGCAGAGCUUAUUGCAGUACUUAUUGGCGGUGGUCCUGGAGAUACAAAUAUGUUAACAGACACUAAGGGAGAACAGCAUGCAACAUUUAUGCAUACCAAGUCUGUGUUGUUUGCUCAUCAGAGUUAUCUGACUAUCAUCGUUAAUAGAUUAAAACCUAUGUCUGUUUCACCAUUACUUUCAAUGUCUAUUGUGGAGGUUCUUGAGGCAAUGAUAUGUGAACCACAUGGUGAAACUACACAGUAUACAGUCUUUGUAGAAUUAUUACGCCUAGUAGCUGGUUUGAAACGUCGCUUGUUCGCAUUGUUUGGUCAUCCUUCUGAAAGUGUUAGAGAAACAGUUGCACUGAUCAUGCGUACAAUUGCUGAAGAAGAUGCUAUUGCAGCAGAAUCGAUGCGUGAUGCUGCUUUGCGUGAUGGUGCUAUAUUGAGGCAUUUAAUGCAUGCCUUUUUCCUUCGCACUGGUGAACGACGUGAAGUUAGCAGGCAGCUUGUGGCUCUAUGGGCAGAUUCUUAUCAACCAGCUCUUGAUCUACUGUCUAGAGUUCUUCCUCCUGGACUUGUAGCUUAUUUGUACACACGGCCUGAAGAACUUCCAGCUGAAGAGGUGCUGAAACAGGAAGGAUCUUCUAUGAGUAGAAGACGGAGACGUUUACUUGAACAGAAAAAGAGCCAUAUAGCGAAGGCCUCGUCAUCUCAGGGACAGUCCUUGUCUUCUAAUAAUAAUAAUUUUGAAGGGGGUGAUCCAGCACGUCUAGCAAGUCCUCGUACUUUUAAAGGGUCAGAUAAUUUUCAAGGAUCCGGAAUUGAUCCUAGCUCUGGACAACCGCCACCACCGAUUCAGAGUUCUGCAGUUUACAGGGGUGAUACCUUACUUAAUCAGUCAUCUUCUACCGGGGCAUCAAAAAAUGAACAUCUAACAUCAGUUGCAUCUCCCAAUGCAGUAUCAAGUAAUACAUAUCAGGCAGCAGAGCCAAAUGCUCAACAUUUGGUUGAUUCAGAUGCCAAUUCAGUCGGAUACUACACAUCAGAUUCCCCAGCUCCUGCACAGGUAGUUGUGGAGAAUACACCAGUUGGAUCUGGAAGGUUACUGUUGAACUGGCCUGAAUUUUGGCGAGCUUUUAGCCUUGAUCAUAAUCGCGCAGAUUUAAUCUGGAAUGAGCGUACCAGGCAGGAAUUAAGAGAAGCGUUGCAGGCAGAAGUUCAUAAAUUAGAUGUUGAAAAAGAACGAACAGAAGAUAUUGUUCCUGGAGGUGCGUCUGUAGAGGUCAUGGCUGGAGAAGAGAGUGUAGCUCAAAUAUCUUGGAACUACACUGAGUUCUCAGUUAGCUAUUCAAGCUUGUCCAAAGAAGUUUGUGUUGGUCAAUAUUACCUGCGGCUGCUGCUUGAGACUGGCAGCAAUGGCAGGGCACAAGAUUUUCCACUUCGCGAUCCUGUUGCUUUUUUCAGAGCACUUUAUCAUCGAUUCUUAUGUGAUGCAGACACAGGACUUACUGUAGAUGGUGCUGUUCCUGAUGAAAUGGGUGCGUCUGAUGAUUGGUGUGAUAUGGGAAGACUAGAUGGUUUUGGAGGAGGUGGAGGCUCUUCUGUGAGAGAGCUCUGUGCAAGGGCUAUGGCAAUAGUGUAUGAGCAACAUUAUAAAACAAUAGGUCCUUUCGAAGGUACUGCACAUGUUACAGUUUUGCUGGAUAGAACUGAUGAUAGAGCUUUGAGGAAUCGUCUCAUUCUUUUUCUUAAGGUUUUAAUGAAAGUCUUGUCGAAUGUGGAGGCAUGUGUUCGAGUAGGAGGGUGUGUGCUAGCCGUUGAUUUUCUGACAAUGGUUCAUGAAGCAUCAGAAAGAACCGCUAUCCCAUUGCAGUCUAAUCUGAUAGCUGCCUCUGCUUUCAUGGAGCCUCUUAAGGAAUGGAUGUUCCUGGAUAAGAAUGGUGCGCAAGUUGGGCCUGUGGAAAAGGAUGCCAUUAGAAGGUUUUGGUCCAGGAAAGAAAUAGACUGGACAACUAGGUGCUGGGCUUCUGGAAUGCCUGAAUGGAAGAGAUUACGGGACAUCCGCGAGCUUCGUUGGGCACUAGCUAUACGGGUCCCCGUUCUCACUCCUGUUCAGGUAGGGGAAUCGGCUCUGUCCAUAUUACACAGCAUGGUAUCUGCACAUUCAGAUAUAGAUGAUGCUGGGGAGAUAGUUACUCCAACGCCAAGAGUCAAAAGGAUCUUAUCAAGUUCACGUUGCAUCCCACACAUUGCGCAGGCUAUGCUUUCUGGAGAGCCAACUAUUGUAGAGGUUGCUGCUGCUUUGCUAAAGGCUGUUGUAACUAGAAACCCAAAGGCAAUGAUCAGAUUAUACAGUACAGGGGCCUUUUAUUUUGCUCUUGCGUACCCUGGAUCAAAUCUAGUUUCGAUUGCCCAACUCUUUGCAGUGACACAUGUUCAUCAAGCAUUUCAUGGUGGUGAAGAAGCUGCAGUUUCAUCUUCAUUGCCUCUGGCUAAGCGCAGUGUCCUUGGUGGUCUUUUACCGGAAUCAUUGUUGUAUGUUUUGGAGCGUAGUGGUCCUGCUGCAUUUGCAGCAGCUAUGAUUUCUGAUUCUGACACUCCUGAAAUUAUCUGGACACAUAAAAUGCGAGCAGAGCAUCUGAUUUGUCAGGUUUUACAGCAUCUUGGUGACUAUCCUCAGAAACUCUCUCAGCACUGUCACUCUCUCUAUGAGUACGCUCCUAUGCCACCCGUAACGUAUCCGGAGCUAAGAGAUGAAAUGUGGUGUCACCGAUACUACCUGCGGAACUUAUGUGAUGAGAUCCGAUUUCCUAAUUGGCCUAUUGUAGAACAUGUGGAGUUCUUACAGUCUCUGCUUGUAAUGUGGCGGGAAGAAUUAACCAGGAGACCCAUGGACCUUUCUGAAGAGGAGGCUUGCAAAUUAUUAGAGAUCUCCUUAGAAGAUGUCACCAGAGAUGAUGCCGAUAGAAAGUCACCUCGAGAGAUGGCUGAUGAUAUUCCCAACAUAUCAAAGCAGAUUGAGAACAUUGAUGAAGAAAAGCUUAAAAGGCAGUACAGGAAACUUGCCAUGAAAUAUCAUCCAGACAAAAAUCCCGAAGGGAGGGAAAAGUUUCUUGCUGUGCAGAAAGCUUAUGAGCGCCUUCAGGCCACAAUGCAAGGGUUACAAGGACCCCAGCAGUGGAGAUUAUUGCUUUUAUUGAAAGGACAAUGUAUCUUAUAUAGACGAUACGGGGAUGUAUUGGAGCCGUUUAAAUAUGCUGGGUAUCCUAUGCUGUUGAAUGCAGUCACAGUGGACGAGGAAGAUACUAAUUUUCUCUCCUCUGAGCGAGCACCUCUGCUUGUAGCAGCCUCCGAGCUUAUCUGGUUAACGUGUGCGUCUUCGUCACUGAACGGAGAGGAGCUUGUAAGAGAUGGUGGGAUACAACUUCUUGGAACUUUACUUUCACGGUGCAUGUGUGUUGUUCAACCAAGCACUCCAGCUAGUGAACCUUCAACAAUUAUCGUCACCAAUGUGAUGAGAACAUUUUCUGGUCUAAGCCAUUUUGAGAGUGCCAGGUUUGAGAUGCUUGAAUUUUCUGGAUUGAUUAAUGAUAUUGUGCAUUGCACAGAACUUGAGCUUGCACCAGCGGCUGUUGAUGCUGCUCUUCAAGCUAUUGCUCAUCUUUCUGUGUCCUCUGAAUUACAAAAUGCCUUGUUAAAAGCCGGUGUCUUAUGGUACCUAUUGCCAUUGUUGCUUCAGUAUGACUCAACAGCUGAAGAAUCUGAUAUGGCAGAGGCACAUGGGGUUGGCAUUAGUGUGCAAGCUGCAAAAAAUUUGCAUGCGAUGCGUGCAUCUCAGGCUUUCUCAAGGCUUAGUGGGAUGGCUGUUGAUGACAGUCCAACACCUUACAAUCAGGAUGCUGCUGAUGCUCUCAAGGCUUUGCUAACUCCUAAACUUGCUAGCAUGCUGAAAGAUUUGUCGCCGAAAGAGUUAUUAUCGAAACUAAAUUCUAAUUUAGAGACACCAGAGAUAAUAUGGAACUCAUCAACCCGAUCAGAGCUAUUAAAGUUUGUCGAGGAGCAGCGUGCAAGCCAAGAUCCUGACGGUUCCUAUAAUGUGAAAGAGUCUCACACUUUUCUGUAUGAAGUACUCUCCAAGGAACUCUAUGUUGGAAACGUGUACUUGAGGGUCUAUAAUGAUCAGCCGGACUUCGAAGUCAGUGAACCUGAAACUUUUUGUGUCUCUCUGGUUGAUUUUCUGUCACGUUUAGUGCGCAGUCCACAUGAUGCAGCAUCUGAUGUUCGGAUCAGUGGCUCCUUUCUUGAGACAUCUGAGCAUAAACAUGAUGCAGACAAUGAACCGCACAAAGAACAAAGCUCCGAGGAUUCUGUUACAUCUGAUGUAAAACUUGUGGGGAAGGAUUAUGACUUGUUUAAAAACUUGCAAUUUGGUUUGACAUCUCUUCAGAAUUUGCUGACAAGUAAUCCAAAUUUGGCAUCGGUAUUUUCAGCGAGAGAUAAAUUGUUACCCAUUUUUGAGUGCUUUUCAGUUCCUGUAGCAUCAGAAAGCAGCAUUCCUCAACUUUGUUUGAGAGUGCUGUCUUGCUUGACUACACAUGGUCCUUGUUUGGAGGCUAUGGUUGCAGAUGGAUCUAGCCUCCUCCUAUUGUUGCAGAUGCUUCACUCUGCGCCCAAUUGUCGUGAGGGUGUUCUCCAUGUUCUCUAUGCCUUGGCUAGCACUCCAGAACUUGCAUGGUCAGCUGCCAAGCACGGAGGAGUGGUGUACAUUCUUGAACUUCUCUUACCAUUACAAGAAGAAAUUCCACUACAGCAAAGAGCAGCGGCUGCCUCGUUGUUGGGUAAGCUUGUUGGGCAACCAAUGCAUGGGCCUAGAGUAGCAAUAACACUUGCAAGGUUUCUUCCAGAUGGGAUUGUAUCUGUAAUUAGGGAUGGUCCUGGGGAAGCCGUCGUGAUUGCUCUUGAGAAAACAACUGAGACCCCAGAACUUGUCUGGACACCUGCAAUGGCUACAUCUUUAUCAGCACAGAUUGCAACUAUGGCAUCAGAUCUUUACCGUGAACAGAUGAAGGGUCGCGUUGUUGAUUGGGAUGUUCCGGAGCCGGCAUCUGGCCAACAGGAUAUGAGAGAUGAGCCACAGGUUGGAGGAAUCUAUGUUCGGCUUUUCUUGAAAGAUCCUAAAUUUCCUCUUAGAAAUCCUAAAAGAUUUUUGGAGGGUUUAUUAGAUCAGUAUCUCUCUUCCAUAGCUGCUGCACAUUAUGACAUUCAAGCUGUUGACCCUGAGCUACCAUUGCUUCUAUCUGCUGCGUUAGUGUCUUUGCUGCGGGUUCACCCUGCACUUGCGGAUCAUGUCGGGUAUCUUGGUUACGUGCCAAAACUUGUCUCAGCAGUUGCCUAUGAGGGUAGACGAGAAACAAUGGCGAAGGGGGAGAUAAAAAAUGGCGGUGAUGCUGAUGGAACAUAUGAAACAGAAGAUACUUCAGCACAGUCAAGUUCACAAACACCACAAGAGCGUGUGCGUCUCAGUUGUUUGCGUGUACUACACCAACUUGCUGCUAGUACGACUUGUGCAGAAGCUAUGGCAGCAACAAGUGUUGGAACUCCACAAGUUGUUCCUCUUUUGAUGAAGGCUAUUGGCUGGCAAGGCGGAAGCAUACUUGCUCUGGAAACAUUAAAACGUGUUGUUGUUGCUGGUAAUCGGGCUAGGGAUGCACUUGUUGCUCAAGGACUUAAGGUUGGUCUUGUUGAUGUACUUCUUGGCCUUCUUGACUGGCGGGCUGGUGGAAGAAAUGGCCUUUGCUCACAGAUGAAGUGGAGUGAAUCUGAGGCAUCCAUUGGUCGAGUGCUUGCUAUUGAGGUUUUGCAUGCAUUUGCAACAGAAGGGAUCCACUGCUCCAAAGUGCGUGACAUACUGGAUUCCUCUGAUGUCUGGGCUGCUUAUAAGGACCAGAAGCAUGAUCUUUUCCUUCCUUCAAAUGCUCAAUUGGCAGCUGUUGGCGUUGCUGGCCUGAUUGAGCAGUCCUCAUCCAGACUCACAUAUGCACUUACAGCUCCUCCACCACAAUCUAGUAAUAUUAAUUCUCCUCCUCCUAUUGGGUCUGAAUCAAACGGAAAGCACGAUUUUCUAUAAUAAUAAAAUUGAUGAACAAGAUACAGAACCUCCCACCAUCCCAGCCCCCGGAUAUAGAUACUAAUCAGGAUUGGUUUCCAUGACAAGAGAGGAAAAACUGGCCAUGAUGACAGCAUCAUAGAGUUUGUAUAGCACAUUGUACAGUUAUACCUUUGUCCUCCAUCUUUCUUCACUCGCAUGGCGAAAAGGAUUUACUAGAUGAAAUGGUUGAUACAAAGAUACAAGUGUCUUCCGCUGAUGAGAAUUCGUUAUUCUGACCUUUUGUAAAUCAUGUAAAUAUUGCACAAAUUUCUUUUUUAUUUCUUCUUCCAUAUAGUUGAGGCGCUUUUGGUACAUAAAUCUUGGAAAAAAAAUUUUCCCUGUACCAGUAUGUAUUCCAAACAGAGCUCUUUAUUCUGAUUUUACGAGUGAAAUAUCAAAAAUCAAAAUCUGGUGAUGAA